AUGCGGUCUUGCAUUUUCGGGUUCAACACUCACGUGGCGGAGCUUCCAUCCUCUGCUACCGAUAUUCGGGCUGCGGAAUCGUCGCAUGUAGGACCCCAGGAAGUGGAAACGGCAUCAGAACUGGCUCUACCGGAGGAGCUUUUAAAGAGCACGUCUCUUAACGAGGGCGCUAGUACUAAUGGGGGCAGAUCGCAUUCACUGACUCGGACACCAUCCACAGAUAUACAUCGCGAAGAUGCUUCUGCCUGGGCGCAAGACGGUGGGUCGCGGCCGCAGUUUAACGGAGUCCUUCCUUCGGAGCUGCGCGCUCGGCUGGCGGCGUUGAGCCACGAAGUCGCCACCCGUCAAGGCGACUGCAGGGAAUCGCGUUUAACAUCAAAGGCUGCAUGCAGGAGGGGACGCCAUUCCACACGCAGGGCGGCAACUGCGCUGCAUGUAACAUACCCUUCGAUGGAAUUGUCUCAGAACGUCGGACUCAAUGGCUCGCCAUGCAGCGCAACCCCACCUGCCACUCCCACCUCAACGGGUGCCAAGACACCCGUGCUUCCGGUUCCAUGUGAAGCCAGGGGUUCAAGCGACGCACGGAGCCCUACGGAAUCCGAUGAUUGUGUUUGGCCUGACAAGGGAGCGCUGUUGCAGGCACUAGGCAUGGCUAUUCAAAAAUCGGAUGAUAAUGGGGGUUUCGGGUCCCGCGGUUCUCCACUUGGCGAUUCAAGCCUCCUGGUCCCUCCUGCAAACUCACUGCAUUGCGCUGAGGAGGGGUGCGACAGUAGCUUCCAAGCCAGCGACGUCGCGGCCUCACUCGAAGUCUCAGACGCUGAGAGGGACGUCUCAGCAACUGCUGCGCCUUUCUUCUAUGGAUCCAGCUUUGCGCUGCCACACGCCGCGAGUCGGUCUUACCAGCAGGUAGACGACAUCAUUGAGCCUGCGCGGAGCUGGGCUUCCACUGGGGACAAGUUGGUCACUAGCGGGAAUGGUGGUGGUGGCGCUAUACGGUCGGUUGAUCGCCUUCUGGGGUAG